CCCCGCCACCUCCCGCACCGGCAGCGGCUCCGCUCCGUGUCUAUUCCCGGAGAGAGACCACCUCCAUUUUAACACCGACACCCGGCCAGGCAGCGCCACGGCUCGCAGCGGACUCUGAGACGGACGGACGGAGUGGACGCGCUCCUGCAGGCUGGUUCUCCUGCUUCUUCACCCGGCGCUGCUCUUUAAUCUGCGGCCUUAAGUCGAGUCUUUUGUGCGGGAUAGAUGGCGGCGCUGCGGCAGCGCGCAGUCCGGGCGGCGCUGGAUUUGUGAGGAUUUAAACGCCUCGGUUUUUACGCUGAAAUUCUCCCACGGAGGAGGACAAGGAGACGCGGCUCGGCUUCAGAAGCUCAGAUUCUCAGCGAGGAUGCGGCAUUGAGCAUUCUGAGAGUGCUGAUCGUUACCAUGGCGAUAUUUGGUAGCAGCCAGACCUGCAGCGGUCAGGACAACUGCUCGGCCAACAGCGAGUCCAAAGACUACUGUUACUCCGCUCGGAUCCGCAGCACGGUGCUGCAGGGGCUGCCGUUCGGAGGCGUCCCCACUGUCCUCGCCCUCGACUUCAUGUGCUUCCUGGUGUUGCUCUUCGUCUUCUCCAUUCUGCGAAAGGUUGCGUGGGAUUAUGGGCGCCUGGCACUCGUCACCGACGCAGACAGACUGAAGAAGCGUUUCAGCGACCUGGAGGACCAGGACUACCGGAGACGUGACCGAGAUAACUAUGAACCGGUGAAAAGCGUUGCCUCGGCGAUGCAUUCAGAGACGCCCGACCGAUACGAACGCCUCACCUCAGUGUCCAGCUCCGUCGACUUCGACCAAAGAGACAAUGGCUUCUGCUCGUGGCUGACGGCCAUCUUUAGAAUAAAGGAUGAAGAAAUCCGGGAGAAGUGUGGCGAAGAUGCCGUGCACUACCUGUCGUUCCAGCGCCACAUCAUCGGCCUGCUGGUCGUAGUCGGCGUCCUCUCCGUAGGAAUCGUCCUGCCCGUGAACUUCUCUGGAGACCUGCUGGUCAGAAUUAUCAGCAAAAAUGCUUUCCUGAGCAAAGGAGCUCCGAGACCUCCUUCCAAAGAAGAAAACAACGCCUACAGCUUUGGACGCACCACGAUAGCCAACCUGAAGUCUGGGACGAACCUGUUGUGGCUCCACACAACGUUUGCCUUCAUGUAUCUGCUGCUGACGGUCUACAGCAUGAGGAGACACACGUCCAAGAUGCACUACAAGGAGGACGAUCUGGUGAAGCGCACUUUGUUCAUUAACGGCAUCUCCAAGUAUGCGGAGGAGAGUCAGAUCAAGCAGCACUUUGAGCAGGCGUACGAGAACUGCACAGUCCUGGAGGCUAGGAUCUGCUACAACGUGGCCAAACUGAUGGCGCUGAACGCUGAGAGAAAGAAGACGGAACGCAGUAAGAAGUUUUUCACCGACCUGAUGGCGAAGGAGCACGUUCCCACCAUGAUCAACCCCAAACCCUGUGGACACCUCUGCUGCUGCGCCAUCGCCGGCUGCGAGGAGGAGGAGGCGGUCAGCUACUACACCAAGACGGAGGCCAAGCUGAAGGAGGAGUACAGGAAGGAGAAGGAAAAGGUCCACACCAAACCGCUGGGAAUGGCCUUCGUCACCUUCCAGAACGAGACCAUGACUGCCAUCAUUUUGAAGGACUUUAACGCCUGUCAGGUGCAGGGUUGUCGCUGUCGGCAGGAACCUCGUUCUUCUCAGUUCAGCGAUGUUCUUCACGUCCACAACUGGAGUGUUUCGUACGCGCCCGACCCGCAGAAUGUCCGCUGGGAGCACCUGUCGCUGGGCGGGAUCUCCUGGUGGAUUCGCUGCUUCAUCAUCAACGUCAUCCUCUUCCUCCUGCUCUUCUUCCUCACCACGCCCGCCAUCAUCAUCUCCACCAUGGACAAGUUCAAUGUCACCAAGCCUGUUGAGUAUCUCAAUAACCCCAUCGUGACUCAGUUCUUCCCCACUCUGCUGCUCUGGGCUUUCUCUGCUCUGUUGCCCACCAUCGUCUACUAUUCUGCUUUCUUUGAGGCUCACUGGACCAGGUCUGGAGAAAACAGGACCACGAUGCACAAGUGCUACACCUUCCUGAUCUUCAUGGUCCUGCUGCUGCCGUCUCUCGGACUCAGCAGUUUGGAUGUUUUCUUCCGCUGGUUGUUCGAUAAGAAGUUCCUGGCCGACGCCACGGUCAGGUUUGAGUGCGUCUUCUUACCAGAUAACGGAGCGUUCUUCGUCAACUACGUCAUCGCCUCGGCCUUCAUCGGGAACGCCAUGGACCUGCUGAGGAUCCCGGGUCUGCUCAUGUACAUGAUCCGUCUGUGCCUGGCCCGCUCGGCCGCCGACCGCCGCAACGUGAAGAGGCAUCAGGCCUACGAGUUCCAGUUUGGAGCCGCGUACGCCUGGAUGAUGAACGUGUUCACCGUGGUGAUGGCCUACAGCAUCACCUGCCCCAUCAUCGUGCCCUUCGGUCUCAUGUACAUGCUGCUCAAACACCUGGUGGACAGGUACAACAUGUACUACGCCUACCUGCCCUCCAAACUGGACAAGAAGAUCCACUCCGGAGCUGUUACCCAGGUGGUGGCCGCGCCCAUCCUCUGCCUCUUCUGGCUGCUCUUCUUCUCAACCGUCCGCACAGGGUUCGAGACACCGACCUCCAUGUUCACCCUGGUGGUUCUGAUCAUCACCAUCGUAGUCUGUCUGUCGCACGUCUGCUUCGGACACUUCAAGUACCUGAGUGCUCACAACUACAAGAUCGACACGAAAGAAAACGAAACGGACAAUGUGGAGAACGGCCGCCCGGUCCGGCCUUCGUCAUCCCCCACCACCAAAGCUCAGCAGCAGCAGGCCCAGCAGCAGAUGUACAUUGCCCAGGUGCUCCAGGACCCAAACUCGGACGAGCCCGGCGGCGUUAGCAGCGAGGAGGACCGGGGGUCGUCGCAGGACGAGGAGAUGCUGAAUGGAGGGAACAGCAUCAACGAGGCAGAUUUCCAGUCGGGAGAGGACAGUCUGAUCGCCAACGAGGUUCACCAGUAGCUGGAGGCGGGGCUAAAGGGAGGGGGCGGAGCUGGACGGGGGCCAGACCCAAACAAUGGCAUGUUUAGCUCCGCCCCCUCUCAGCCUGAAGACUUGACGCCGGCGCCGGGUCACCAACAUCCAGCCCAGCACACACGUGGACUCGCCUCCACAGGAAGUCACUGUACAUGACCACAAAGCCAAUUUUCUUUUGGGGUGGGGGUUGGGGGGCUCAACUUUGUGCCUGGGCUGGAUUUUUGUUCGCAGUUGUGUCUUGACUCCUCCUUCAUCUGAAGGUCGUCUUCUCUUGAUCCGUCGACACAGACGCCAUCGUUGUCCUCGCCCCCAGACGAACCCGUGGCGCCACCGCCACCCUCAAGUACUGGAGCGCUCAGUAACUUGCCAACCGCCAGCUCUCGUCGUCGUAGAAGCCUCGCUUACGCAGCGCCAACCCCCUUCCCCAUCUCCGUUCUGUCAAAUGUGGAUCUCUGCCGGUUCGUUCACCUCCCACCUCAGAGUUGGUUCCCUGACAACCUGCCAAGCUUCCGCUGCAUGUUGUUAACGAUAUCGCCUCUUCCUGACAAUCGUCCACCGCGGGGCUGCACGGGCCGGCCAGCCCGCCAACGUCUCCAGAUGAGCGUCCAGUCCCGAACCAGCAGACUCAACACGAGGAUACGUUUGUUUUUCCGGUUUGGACUUCACCUGAACUACCUUAAAUUGUGAAUAAGGGAACAGGGAUGUUUGUGUCCAUGUAGAUUUCAACCCUUUUUAAGACUCUCCGACUCUUCCAGCAGCAGCAGCGUAGUUGGAUCUCGAGUAGAAGAGCAGCGCUUUUCCUCCAGAUGGUCCUCCCCCGACGCAUGAAGCUGUCAGGACUCUCAAGGGAAAUGUUUUCUGUUUGGCUUGUUUUCAGGUGUGUGUGCGUGUGUGUGUGUGUGUGUGUGCGUGUGUGUGUGUGUGUGUGUGUGCGUGUGUGUGAUGGGGAGCUUAUUCUACACUACCCUGCAUCAUGUAGGCUUCACCAACGUCUCCAGGUCACCAGGACAGACGGUCAGGUUGAGAUGGCCGGACUCACUGCUGCACUGAGGUCAGCAAUGCUCUGCUUACCCUCAGUGGGAAAUUAAAAACAACAAAGUAUACGAUUAUUUAAGCUGUUGGAAACUAACAGGCAACAGUUGACUCUGGAGGUAUAGAGACGUUCCUCCACAGUAGCGUCCUGGAUCCCAGCCCCCCGGGCUCCAGGCGGGCUCAGGUCCUACCUGGGCUGCUCUGCAGGUUCCGUGCGUGUUCAUGUGGACUCUUGAGUGGGAUCUACCUGGGUUUUAGGUGCCCAGCUGGUUCAGUUUGGGUCAAUGUUCUGGGGACUAGAUGGGAGCCACACAGUCUUAACUUUUUCUAAGGCCACGCCCAUUUAACCCACUUGUUUCCCUCAUUGGUUUCGUACAUUGGGCCCACAUAUGCUUGACAUUUGUGUUCCGUUAUUAAACCAUACAGGCCCCCGUGCCAUUUACGCCUUUAACACCCAAACCCACUUUGUGCCCUUACAACUCACUUUUAAUCAUUUGAAUUCCCUUCAGUGAUUAAUAAAGAAUUAGUGAAUUUAAACUGAACUUUGACCCAGAUGGGCCCACAUGGAGGUACUGGCUGGGUUCUGUUGUAGAUGAGAGCAGGAGUUCCCCCUCCUCCUCCUCCUCCUCUUUUAUUGCUGCAUCUGAAGUGCGACAGCGGAGUCCAGAUGUGUUGGAGUCCAGAACCUGUUCCUGCAGCCAUGUCUACUAAACUCCCAGCAGCCCGAUUCAUCUUCAUCAGCACACAGAGCUCUUCCAUUUCAUGCACCAGCAAUCUUCCAUUCUUCCUGGGAGUUGAGAAAUAAAACGUUUGACGCGGAAGCUGUUUCACCUCCUGUCUAUUACAGGAACAAAGAGAGAUAGUCCUCAGUGAAUGUGGGUGAAUGGGGUUAAAUGACAGAAAUAACAAAAAAAAAGAUUUUAUUUUGGCAAAUGGUGUAUUUGUUAAAGCAGGUAGCACAUUGCUAAAUGCUAAAUGCAGCUGAAGCUGCCUCCAACAAUGUUCUAAGAAACAUCAGAUGUUGGGACGCUUUUUUCCGUUGCAGACGUUUGUUUCCCAUGCAGACUCUUCAGAUAUGGCAGGCGUUAUUUGGGUGUGCAGCGCCUCCUAGUGGACAAAAUAAUCCAAAUCCCACAAACAACUUUCAAGCGACAGUGUUUCAGAAGCUUCUCUCCUGCACUUUAAGUCAUGCUGGUCCCAUACGGGAGCACCAUCACUGGUUUCCCUGGCAACAGGAACAAGAAACUGACUCUGUAGGCGGCAAAGUACAGUGACGUGUGAACGAUGGAGUAGUUUCAGGUUUUAUUUAAUGAUGUUUACAUCUGUGUGUGAGUGUGUGUGUGUGUGUGUGCGUGUGCGUGUGUGUCUGACACAGCUGGACAAUGAAAGCUGUAGCCGGUUGGCGGCUACACGCCGGAGUACCCGCAGUGUUUGUGUCAGAUCGCCUGUUUCCUGUUUAUUUUGGCCCAGAUUCUACACGUGGUCCCGGCUCUGGUCCUGCUUCUAGUCCAGGACCUGGUCCUUGUUCAGAUUAUGGUUCUUGUCCUGGUUCUUAAACCCAAGGAGAUCUGAGGCUCUUAGAACUGCUCAGCAGUUGUGAACCCCGCAGACAGAAAACCACACAGUUUGCUCCUGGAUUUGGAAACAGAACCUCUGCAAAAAAAAAAAAAAAGUUUUUAUUCAUUUUAUUAUAACAAAUCAGACUCUGAACUCAUCCCAGACCUGAUCUACUGUUCUCUGUAAAAGUUACCACCCACUCUUAUAACCGUGUGGUUUUUUCUUUGUUGUAGAAACAGAAUAAACCAUCUGAUGUUUGUAGAUGUCACCGAGACAAGGACGACCUUCGAUCAGCACCAUCGAGCUUUUUUCACUGUAUCAAUAUCUGUCUCUGAAAAAUGAAAUCAAAAAGAUAAAAGAAUAAAAUCUUUAGGUAAUCCUGAAUACCUCCAUGAUCCAGCAGCUUGUAGAGCCACCUUCAGCAGGAACUCUCAGUAGAUGCUUCCUGUCUGACUUCAUUAGUGUCUCGUGGUUCUGGAGGAGUUCUGGUGCGUUCUUAUGUCCAACGUUGCUUCAGUUCCUUGAGGUUUUUGGACGUUCACGUCCACACGGGUCUCUGAAGGUCCACCUCAGCAUCUCCACCGGGUUCAGGUCUGGACCUGGACCAGGCCUUUCCAGAACCUGGAUUCUGGAGCCUUUUGGAGUUUCUGUGGCGUUCUUGUUUCCUGACUAAAGUGUUUGAAGUCAUGUUAGAGGAGGCUGCGAUGGCGCUGGCGAAGGUUUCAACAAUCAGACAAUGCUUUUUGCUUCUUAGUUUUUUUUUAUUUUCCUGAAAUGUGAAACCAAGAAUGUGACAUGAAAGCUGCAGAAACUUGUGUAAAAAUGUGUGUAAAUAGAAACCACCGUCGCCCACGGAGACAAACUCGGACUCAGAGCUCCGGUCUGUUGUCAUUUCAGGAUUUUAAUUUAUUGCUGUGAAGUUAUUUAUUUUUACGUUGUUCCUCGUGUGUACGGUGAAACACGUCCUAUUUAUGUUCAUGAUCAAUAAAGGUGACUCAUCUGAUGA